UUUGGAUCUGGCAUCGCAUGUGUUCUGUUUUCGUGUGAGGAAUAAAAUACUUCUCCAUUGAAAUCGUUAUCGUGCGCGAGGAUGGCCGAAACGGGAAAAAAAGAAGUAGCGGCUGUGGCAAAGAAAAAGGCCCAUGCACCUCGGAAUUUCAAAUUACCUGGGGGAGUAUGGCGAUAUUCUAGGUCUACCAUGUAUAGCAAGAGAAGACUCAUGAAAGUAAAGAAAACAGCAACUCCAAAACCGAAACCUAAGAAGAAGCCCAAGACUACUAUUAAACCCAUCGGAGGUGAGAAGAAUGGAGGAUUUCGAGUUGUUAAGCUUAAAAAAGAAAGGAAAUUCUAUCCAACUGAAGAUAGGCCGAAGUUGAAACGUACUCGUAAAAUGGUCGCUUUCAAAAACCAUAAGCGAUACUUGCGUGAGAGUAUAACACCCGGAACUGUUCUCAUCAUGUUAGCUGGCCGCCAUCGAGGAAAGAGGGUAGUGUUCUUGAAACAGUUGGCUACUGGUUUGUUAUUGGUAACAGGUCCUUACCAAGUAAAUGGCUGUCCUCUAAGGCGGGUUAAUCAAAUCUACACUAUCGCCACCAGCACUAAAUUGGACAUUAGUAAAGUAAAAAUUCCUGAACAUUUGGAUGAUAAAUAUUUCCGUAGGAAGAAGCCACAGAAAAAGUCCAAGAAAGAUGAAGAAGAAAUCUUUGAGACUAAAAAAGAAGAAUAUGUUGUAACUGAGCAGCGUAAGAAGGACCAAGUUGAAGUAGAUAAGCAGAUUUUGGAUGUAAUCAAAGCUCAUCCAGAGAAAAACACCAUGCUCCACUACUUGAAAGCUCUGUUCUAUUUGCAAAAUAAGAUGUAUCCACAUAAUAUGAAAUUCUAAGAGCAAUGAACUGUUAAAUAAAAAAAAUUGUAAAGAA